AUGGACGGUCCUCCUGCGCCCUCGCACCCGGUCUACCAGGCCGACGAACCUGAGCCGAAUGCACCAACCUACCCUUCGGAAGGGGAUGGGUACGGCGGGUCCAGAGUGACGCUGCGGUCCGAGUAUGCGUGUCCCAUCCCGAACCCGUCGACCGAGGGAUGGGAUCUGGAAUUCGACGAUGUCGGACGUAGUCGCGAGACCGAGGACCCGUUUAGCUCGCAGAGAACGCGGCGUUGA